CUUAAAGUUGAGUGGAUUCUGAAGCAGGGACUGUUUUUACCCCACUGCCAAGAUGACUUUACAAUUUAAAGAUGCCUUCUGGGGAGUGGACUUCAUCAGCAAUUGUGGGUAUGAGACUAUAAUUCAGAGGCUUAAUGAUGGCCGACGGACGUGCAAAGACAUGGAGGAGCUCUUGAAAAUGAGGGCAACGGCAGAGGAGAAAUAUGGCAAGGAACUGAUCACCAUCGCCCGCAAGGCUGGAGGGUUAAAUGAGAUCUGCACUUUGAGAAUAUCUUUCGAUGAAAUGAAGAAACAAAUUGAGAAUAUAGGAAACUUGCACAUUCAGCUCUCUGGCCACCUGAAAGACGAGGUGAAGAGGAUGGAGCAGUUCAGAGACCGACAGAAAGAACACAGGAAAAAGUUCGAAAUCAUAAUGGAGAAGGUCCAGAAAACUAAAGUCUCCCUCUACAAGAAAACAAUAGAAUCUAAAAAAUGCUACGAGCAGCGCUGCAGAGAGGCAGAUGAGGCAGAGCAGACGGCUGAGAAGAUGGGCAACACUCCCACAGCGACACCCAAACAGAUAGAGAAGAUGAACAAUAAAUCUAAGCAGUGCAGAGAAGCUGCUGAGGAAGCUGAGAAACAAUACAUGUCAAACAUUGAACAGCUUGACAAUAUCCGUCAAGAAUGGGAGUCAACACACAUCAACACAUGUGAGGUGUUUCAGCAGCAGGAAGAGGACCGCCUCAGCAUACUGAGGAACGCUUUGUGGGUGCACUGCAACCACUUAUCACUGCAGAGUGUGAAAGACGAUGAGUGUUACGAGGAUGUGAGAAACACACUGGAAAAGUGUGACAUCAUUACAGACAACAACUGCUUUGUGGAGAUGAAUUACAUUGGCUCGACGCCCUCGGCUCCAGUUGAAUACCAGAAUUACUACGAUAGGGACGCUACAACUGAUAGAAACGGCAGUGCUGGAUUUGUUGGAGUCAUGAAAAGGUUUUCAAGUCUUUUGCAGGGAAAUUGUUCAACGGGCUCCAAGCUGAGCAUCAAUGAGCCAGUUGCACAAGCUACUGCAGAGACGUCAGAGGAAGUGUAUGCUUCCAUUCCUGGUCAAGUGUCUCAACUGAGCAGUGAAGAGUACACGGUCAUAUAUGACUACGAAGCACAGGGGGAUGACGAGCUUUCUGUUUCUACUGGGGAUGUUGUGGUUGUUACGGAUCAAGGUCAGGACGGUUGGUGGAUGGUGCAAAGAAACAGCCUUGCUGGAUUGGUUCCAGGCUCUUACCUCGCUAAAGAAUGAGUUCACCUGACAGUCAUAUGUAAGACUUAAUAACAACUACACUUCAUCAGCUAAAAACGUCUAGUAAAAGUGCCACUCUUUAAAGUCACCUUAUGGUUUAGGAUUGUCUGACAGCAAUUAACACAGACCUAUGCAAUCAUAAUCAUUUAAAAGUGUGUACUGUCUCUAAGGUUGUAGAAUGGAGAGUUAUUUAUUGCUGUGGCACAUAUUCAUAUAACUUUACAUACCAAUGCCAGUUGUGUUUACCGCUCCUCAAAAUCCAGACAGCUGGUUGAAACUGAUAUGUAGCACUGCGUUAUGUUCAUUCAAAUAGGGUCAAUUGAGUUGUUUAAAUUUUAAACCCUACCUUUUUGGCUGAAUGUUGUAUCUUGUAUAUAAUUCCUAUGUGUAAUGUUGUUUCAAAAAGCUAAAAAGAACAUUUGUUUAUGCAUGAGCAUUUAUUUUUAUUA